AUGUCGUCUUCACAGUACGAGUUUCUGUACAACCCGAUUUUACCCUCCGAGGAGAUCCCUCCCCGCGGAACCCCCAUCGCCGAUCCUUCUGCUAACUCGGUCAUUGCCUGGAUCAAAUGUGGUCCCAACGUUACCAUCGACGAGGCGCGCACGCAGCAUUGGACCGCCAAUGCUCUCCGUGCGGCUGGUGUCUCAGACGUACAAGCCGCUCGCGUAUUCCAUGCGUUUACGGCAGACUACUACGGGUGCUCAAUUGGAUACAUUGCAAUGGAGUACAUCGGUGGUAUAGACUGCGUUAAUCGGCUCCGAGCUCCACCAACCGCGACACUCGGACACAUCGGCGGCGGCACGAGGUCCAUUGUUCACUCCUUCUUUCCCGAGUGGCUUCCCAACGUCGAUUACCGAACCGACCAGGACUUCUAUGCUCAUAUUCACAAUAUCUUUGAAUUCCUGCGCAUCAAAUUCCGCGGCGAUAUAUCGAGUCACGGUCGAUUUCUCUGUCCUUCCGAUUUCAACUCGGGUAACUUCAGGAAGCGUACGAUGGAGGGUGGCCGGUUGGUAGUGGUGGUGUUGGAUUUCGGUGCGACGUGCUUCAUGCCGCUCCCCUUCAUCGAGGUCGCCCUAAAGAAAGCUCGGGACAGCUUUCCCCAAUCAGUUGUCGAGAAGAUCACGUAUCCUCAUGGACGGUCGGACGAUGCAAAGGUUUUACUCUUCGCCUCUGGUUCUCUUGUUCAGUAUGGUAUGAGACCAGUCGCACUACCACCGGGCGUCAGUCCCAGAAUAAAUGGCAGAUGA